UGGUGUCUUCUUCUCCCUGGAAACGGUGGAGGAACUGAGGCGAAAGUGAAGCAGCAGGAGAGAAAGUUUCCUUGCUGAAACCAGGGCUGAGUACCGAGUGAUGUUUUUAGAGCUCAAGGAGCAUCGGCGGAGAGCUGUGGUGGUGCCGCAUUGUGUUUGCUGAGGCUCUUCCCGGCUGGUGGGGGCUCGGCGUCCUACGAGGAGGAGGGAGCAGCAGUAGCGAAACAGCUUCUAUCGCCCACCUUCACUAGUGCAUGCUUUAGACAAGAGAGGUGCUCUCUUUUUCGCUCUUUUUCUGGCCUCAGUGCAAUGUGAAGCUUGCCCACACAACCCUGAUUUGCCAAGGAUUGGAGCGUCAACCUAGUACAUGCAUCCGAUAAUCAUCUUCUCCUACAAAAUGGAUUUUAGCCAAAACAAUCUAUUUGGUUAUAUAGAAGAUCUGCAGGAACUUACUAUCAUUGAAAGGCCGGUGCGCAGGAGCUUAAAGACACCAGAAGAAAUAGAGAGACUGACAGUUGAUGAAGAACUCAAUGAUAUUGAAAGGGCUGUUUAUCUACUCAGUUCUGGUCAAGACAUCCAAGGGACAAGCGUGGUUGCAAGUCUUCCAGUCCUGAUGCGACAGAAUCCUACAGAGACACUGAGGAGAGUCUUGCCAAAAGUUCGAGAGGUCCUACCUGUUGCAGGUGUGGAAAUGCAAUUAACAGCAGCUGUUUCUCUUUUGACAAUUCUGCAAGAGGAGUCAAUAUCCAUCCAUACUUAUUCUCACUCAUUCUUGCAACUCAUUCUACAGAAUUUGGAGCAUAGAGAUGCAGGUGUCAGUAAUGCUUGGCUGGACACUCUCCUUGCUGCAAUAGAAGCUCUUCCAAAAGAAACUAUUAGACAUGAGAUCCUGAACCCUCUUGUUUCCAAGGCACAGCUUUCUCAAACACUUCAGUCUCGCCUGGUUAGUUGUAAAAUCUUGGGGAAAUUAGCUAACAAGUUUGAAGCUCAUAUCAUUAAGAGAGAAAUCCUUCCACUGGUAAAAUCCCUUUGUCAGGAUGUAGAAUAUGAAGUUCGUUCCUACAUGUGUCGGCAGCUAGAGCUAAUUGCUCAAGGAAUAGGGACGGAGCUAACAAAAAAUGUAGUGCUUCCAGAACUAGUAGAAUUAGCAAGGGAUGAAGGCAGCAGUGUGCGUCUUGCAGCUUUUGAAACAUUGGUAAAUCUGUUAGAAAUGUUUGAUGCAGAUGAUAGAAGUCAAACUGUUCUCCCAUUAGUGAAAUCAUUCUGUGAAAAAUCCUUUAAAGCAGAUGAAUCUAUUCUGGUUUCAUUAUCUUUUCAUUUAGGGAAGCUUUGUAAUGGACUAUAUGGAAUUUUUACACCAGAGCAGCAUUUGCGAUUUUUGGAGUUCUAUAAGAAGCUUUGUACACUGGGAUUAGAACAGGAAAAUGGGCACAAUGACAACCAGAUACAGCUGCAAACCCUAGAACAGGAAAAGAAAUAUAUAUCAGUGAGGAAGAACUGUGCUUACAAUUUACCUGCCAUGAUGAUUUUUGUGGAUCCCAAAAAUUUCAAUUUGGAACUGUACUCUACAUUCUUCUGUCUCUGCCAUGAUCCUGAAGUACCAGUCAGACAUACUAUGGCUAGUAGCUUCUAUGAAGUUGCCAAGCUUUUAAAUACUGAUGUGUAUAUAAUACAUAAAGAACUGAUAGCCCUAUUGCAGGAUGAAUCACUAGAGGUGAUAGAUGCAUUAAUAAAUCACCUUCCUGAAAUCCUCGAACUUCUGUCUACUGGAGGAGAAAGCAGUGGAUCAGAAAACAAGUUUUUAAAUUUUCCAGAGUUAAUUCCAGCACUAACAAGAGCUGAACAGAGGGCAGCAACCUCUUUAAAAUGGAGGACUCAUGAGAAGCUAUUACAAAAGUAUGCCUGCUUGCCUCAUGUCAUCUCAAGUGAUCAGAUUUAUUAUCGCUUUUUGCACAGAAUGCUGACAAUCAUUAUGACAAAUAAUGUCCUACCUGUCCAAAGAGCAGCUGCUCGAACACUGUGUGUAUACUUACGAUAUAAUCGUAAGCAAGAACAGAGAUAUGAGGUCAUCCAGAAAUUGAUUGAACAACUGGGCCAGGGAAAAAGCUAUUGGAACAGAUUACGUUUUUUAGAUACUUGUGAAUUCAUCAUAGAGCUCUUUUCCAAAUCAUUUUUCUGUGAAUACUUCUUUCUUCCUGUGCUCGAACUUACCCAUGAUCCAGUAGCAAAUGUGAGAAUGAAGCUGUGUUGUUUAUUACCAAAAGUGAAGUCUACCCUCAAAGUUCCCACAGACAAACAUUUACUGCAGCAGCUAGAAUUGAGUGUAAGAAAACUUCUGUGUGAGGAGAAAGAUAAAGACGUCUUGAACAUUAUUAAAAAAAUGGUACUAGAACUGGACAGAAUGGAAACUUCUUUAGAUGCCUUUCAGAAGAGGUUUUAUGAAAAUGAUCUAUUGGAUCAGCAAAAGGAAAGAGAGGAGCAUCUUCUUUUGGAAAUGGAACAAUUAGAAAAAGAGAAACAGCAAAAUGAAAGCAGGUCUACAAGUAUGAAUGAUAAAAUAUAUGAAAAGAAGCGUAGAGACAGUAAAACAUCAUCAACUUUGGCCAAAACUAUCCCAAUGUCUGUUUCUGGAAACGCUUCAGGUGCUUCAGCAAGCAAAGAAGUAAAAAAGUCUAAAUUGGUUCGAAGUCAGUCUUUCAGUAGUCAAGCUUUGCACUCAAAAUAUGGCAACAUUGACAAAUGCCCCAGCAAAAGUUCUUCAAUAGGAUAUACUUCUGUGUCAGGAGUAACAAAGAAUUCUAUGUUCUCAUUUACUGAUGAUUCCUUCCGAACACGUCCCACUAAUGUCAGUGGCACUGCUGCUUUUAAUUCUACUUCCACCUUACCAUCUUCCUCUCGUAACACAAGUAACACAGUUGAUCAAAAAAGCAAUGGGAAUAAAGAGAGCCAUUCACGGAAGGUUAGCUUAAAAAACAGAAAAUCAAACUCGUAGAGCCGGUGAAAGAAAGGAUGCACACCAAAGACCACUGGAGGCAAUGUGGCUGAAGUCAGGAUUGGAUGAAGCUAGAGUACAACCUUGAAUUUAAGGACCAGGAAGGAGAAACUGAUUUGAUACCAUAAUGUUAAUAUCUUCUGUCAGUUAAAUAAAUUCCUAUGUUGUAAAAUAUCUUCAUAGAAAUAAUGUAAUGUGUGCAGAAUUCCAAUGUUAUAAGUGAAGUGCUUAAUUCCACGUUACUUUAGCAAUGUGCUUUAAAUCUGCUGCAGCUGAAGAGACAGGGUUUCCCUACUUCCCCCCUCUCAAUUAUGCCUUUUACUAGUUCAGGUUAUUCAGUUUGGAAUGAAAGUGCCCUCUACUUUAAAAUAUAGUUAUUUACAAGCUUAUAGGCUCCUAAUUUGCCUUUGCUAUGGAAAUAGGGCCAUAUGUGUGAAAUUGCUCUGUGUAUAAGAUUAACUGAACAAAUGACACUUUCUCUUUCAAAAAAGCUUUUAAAUAUCAAAGAAGCUUCAAUGUGGAAUCUGGAAGCAUGAACAGAGAAAUGUGGAGAAGUAUAGUCCUUUAAAAUAAAUUUCUGCUAUAAUUUUAGAUAAUAUUGCUUAUCUGGUGUAUAAAAUGUCAAGAGGAAUUCCUUUCACUUUUUAAUAAGAAACAGAUACCUCCAAAUAGCAUAUGAAUUAUUUCUUUAAUUUCACUUGCAAUUUUAUUGUAUAAAUACUUCAUUUUAAUUUACCCGUAUAACAUAUUGUAGUUUCUCUUUAUCCAACAUUUUAGAGAUGAUUAAUCUAGUUUUUAAUUAGUAGUUAAUUCAAGCCAUCAUGCUUUUAGCUCUAUCAGCAUCAUUCUGUUUGUAUUCAUGCUAACAUUCCUAUUGAAAUUUGCCUGCAAAAUGCAGUUCUAUUUAAAACAUUCAAUUUAUGCCAAUACUUGAGAAAAACUGUAUGAAGCUAUUGUCAGCUUCUCUACUUCACAAAUGCAAACAACAAAACUAUAUUGAUAUCAGACUGUUUUUUAAAAUAUAUUGGUGUAUGAUAAAGAUAAUCUAAUUUGUGAAUGAAUAAAUGUGUGGUUACUUUUUACAAUGUGAAAUAAUGAAUGCUUUAUGCACAAUAAAACUUAGGACACUAAAAUACUGGCAUGUUUUGGGUGGGAGAGGUUUAAUUUGCAGCUUUUCAUUUAAAUAAAAAAUAAAAAAUGGGAGCAGGAAGAUUCUAUAUCCGCUGUACCAAUAUACAGGUCUAAUAUACAUGCAGCAUAGCAAAGAUUCUCUGCUGCUGUAGUAGCAAACUCAGCCCCUGAACAAUAAGCUAUACACUUAAACACUAAAGUAGCAACACCAAUAGCUGUAAAGGCCUUAGCUUACAGGUAGAUACAUGUAUUCUAUGCAGAAGAUCUUAGGUUCAGUACCUGGUCUUUCCAGAUAGGUCUGCAAAUAAUUUCUGUCUGAAGCCCUUGGGAGCUGUUGCCAUAGAUAAAUGAUACUGAGCUACAUGAACUAGUGGCUUGCCUUGGAAUAAGCAGUUUUUUGUAUUCUUAAGGAACUUUGCCUCACUCUUCAGUUACAUUCACAGUAUCAUGCAAACAGCAUUCAGCAAUCCAAAUGUAGCAACUAAAUUCCUCAGUGAUGCUUCUUUGUCAUCUGAACGAUUCCUCAUAAAUUCUGUGAACAAGUACAGAGUUACUGAAAUAUUUUCCUUCCCCUACUUUUGAUAGGAGGGCAACAGGUAGUGCAUUCAACCCCAAGUUUGAACUUGCCCAGCGAAGUGGUAUCAAAAAGAGCAGCUUAAUCAAUUAUCUUUGAGGUUUCUCAGUUCAGGUAGCACUUCACCCACAAUGGACAAAUAGAGGAAAGGAAACUGGAUGGCUUAGCCUCAAAAUUUUAUUUUUCAUGGGCUUUCUGUUUGUGAACUGCCUAUUGUCAAGCAUCAUGGUAAAGUAACUCCAUUUCCUCUAUAGAAAAAGCAGCCUCCCUUUUAUUUUGUCACCCAAAUGUUCACAUUGUUUGCAGAGAUUUCAUCUCCUGCCAUUUAGGGUGAGACAGCAAAGCCUCAGGCAGUUUGUGCCAGAUGCCAGAUACCUCUCUACCAUCCUGUUUUUAGGGAACUGACUAACUUGUUUCUGAUCAGCUUGGAUUGCUAUCACCACAGAAAAGUGUCUGAUUUUGAUAAUGACUUUGGGAUACCAUUUGGAGUUUUGGAUAUGCCUCCUGUGAAGGCAUCAGUGACAAGUGUCUUGUUCUCCUGCCUUAAGACACAAGAUAUGUGUAUUCUUAAGCAAAUGGUUUAUCAACCCAGUCCCAUUUCAAGAGACAUGCUUCAGGUUCUACUCUAGAUACUUCCCUAAGUGGGUAGAGGACACCACCCCAUACUUGAACUGUGGAAUGUUAAUUUCUUCUCACUUUCUCCUGCUUCCAUAUAGCUAUUCUGACAUCAAUCCUACCCUUACUCAUAAGAUCCUUUAGUUAUCUGCUAUAGGCUUGGCUAACACUAAUGUUCACAUCUCCA